AUGAGAUCAUAAAGUCCUUUACUAUCCCCUUAAAAUUAUAAGCAAACUACUAAAUUAUUAACUCCUUCAUAGAAUAGACAUGUAUCACAAUUAUCAACUGGAUAAAUAAAAUCUAAUACCCCUUAGACUGAUAGUAAACUAAAAAAAAAGGAAUUCUAGCUUUUAAUUCCAUAAUAGGUUUCAGAAAAACUUAAAUUAUUUCAAACUGCUAAUAACUAUUAUCGCCCUAAUAGUAUAACGAAAGUUAAGCCCUCUGAAAGUCCUACAAGAAUUUUUUUUAAAACAGGAUAUGAAUAAUAAGAAGAAAUAAAGAAGUUGAAUUCAGAAAAUCAAAAUUUAAAAGAGAUUAUUGGAAAAUAACAAGAAUAAUUGAAAUAGUUUUUGGAAUUAGAAAAUAUUAUUGAAUUAAAUAAAUAGCUUUAGGAAAAAAUAGAAAUUUUAGAAAAAGAUAAUUGCUUANAUGAAAGAUUGAGUUAAUUAGAACCUAGUUCAAUCAAAUUCAAAUUUCCCAAAUUCUGUGGAGAUAUUGGAGUUGGAAUUGGUGAUUUAUAAAUUCUUAAAACAAAAAAUUUUAGACCUCAGUUGAAUUAGAUUAAUAAUGGAGCUUUUGUUUGCUUUUAAGACUCAUGUAAAAUUUUACAUCACAAUAGACACAAUAAAUACAGAGUAAGAUGAUUUAAAUUGGAAGACUAAAGGUUUUAGAUUUGACUAGAACGAUAUUAUUGAAGUAUCUUAUGAACCUAAUAUUAAAAGGGUAACUUGGAAGAAAGCUAAAGUAACUUAUUAGAUUAAAUCAUAGAAUCAAAACGAAGGAUAUUAAAUGACCUUAUAAAAUGAUAAAAGAGAAUUGCAUUUUUGUGUUAUUGUUAAAACCCAAGGAGCUAAAGUAGAAAUAGCCAAAGAAUGA